UAUAUAUAUAUAUAUAUAUAUAUAUAUAUCUCCAUAUAUAUAUAUAUAUAUGAAUUUAUAUGCGCAUCACUGUGAACCAAGAGGAUUCUCAUCUCAUCGGGGCUGGUCUCUGAUUGUGCGAUCAUAUAUUUUGAAUAUUUGAUCUUCUACGUCAAGAGGACAAAGACGACGUGCCCAUUUUGUAUUUUUGUUUCCCCCGUUGCUGCAUCCUCGCCUCCGCCUCGCCGUCCUUUCCCAGAGAAGAGUGACUCGGAGAGCGGGAUUUGACCGGGAAGAGGGAGGUAAAAAAGAAGGAGAAAAUCGGUCGAAAAGCCCCCGCCAUUCGCGCGGUUACCGCAGGCGUCCGCUAGCCCGCCGCCGCCGCCGCCGCCGCAGCCCGCCAUCCGAGUGAGGGAGACGGGAGCGCGCCAGCAUGCACAAACACCACCACUGCUGCAAGUGCCCAGAAUGUUAUGAGGUGACCCGCAUGGCCGCCCUGCGCAGGAUGGACGCCCCGUCGUACGCCGGGGACUGGCAGGCCGAGCCCUACGGAUACCCGCCCGGGUACAGAGGAGGCCAAACCUUGCCCGCGCCGGCCUCCGGUGGAGGAGGCAACAUGGGAGGCGGCGGCGGCGGGGGAGGAGGAGGCGGAGGAGGUGGCACCUUAGGGAGAAGUAAGGGCAAGAUGAUGUCUGGCGGGGGUCCUGGAGGCCCCAACCCCAAGAGCCAACCCAAAGGGGGGCCCAAAGUGAACGGCAACAACUCCGGCGGACAAGGAGGAUGGUGGCCUGAGUGCACCUGCACCAACCGGGAGUGGUAUGAACAGGCCAACCCUCCCCCCAUCAUUGUCAACGCAGACUCACUAGAUGCAGGCCCUUAUGUGAAUGGCAGCGAUGGCAUGUACAAGUACGAGGAGAUCAUCUUAGAGAGGGGGAACUCUGGCCUGGGCUUCAGCAUCGCAGGAGGAAUAGACAACCCCCACAUUCCUGAUGACCCGGGGAUCUUCAUCACCAAGAUCAUCCCCGGAGGAGCGGCUGCCAUGGAUGGACGACUCGGGGUGAACGACUGCGUCCUGCGCGUGAACGACGUGGACGUGUCCGAGGUGGUUCACAGCAGGGCGGUGGAGGCCCUGAAGGAGGCGGGGCCAGUGGUGCGUCUGCUGGUGAGGCGGAGGCAGGCGCCACCGGAGACCAUCCUGGAGGUCAACCUGCUCAAAGGGCCUAAAGGACUAGGAUUCAGCAUCGCUGGAGGUAUCGGCAAUCAGCACAUCCCAGGAGACAACAGCAUCUACAUCACCAAGAUCAUAGAAGGAGGAGCCGCCCAGAAAGACGGACGACUGCAGACCGGAGACCGCCUGCUCGCUGUGAACAACAUCGUGCUUCAGGAUGUGCGUCACGAGGAGGCGGUGGCGGCGCUGAAGAACACCUCGGAUAUGGUCUACCUCAAGGUGGCCAAGCCAGGGCCCGUGCAUCUCAACGACAUGUACGCCCCGCCCGACUAUUCCAGCAGCCUGGCCCUCCCCCCAGCCUUCCCCACCAUGGUGGACAACCACGUCAGCCACAACUACAUGGGCGCCAUGGAGCCCAAGCCGGCGUACCCGCCCCCCCAGGUCACCCCGUCCAGGUACUCGCCGGUGCCCCGCCACAUGCUGGGGGAGGAAGACUUCACCAGGGAACCGAGGAAGGUGUUGCUGCACAAGGGCUCCACAGGACUGGGCUUCAACAUCGUGGGCGGUGAGGACGGCGAGGGCAUCUUCGUCUCCUUCAUCCUGGCCGGAGGACCGGCCGACCUGAGCGGCGAGCUGCGGAGAGGCGACCGCAUUUUGUCGGUGAACGGUGUGAAUCUAAGGAACGCCACACACGAGCAGGCAGCUGCCGCCCUGAAGAGAGCUGGGCAGACGGUCACCAUUAUUGCUCAGUACAGGCCUGAAGAGUAUAGUCGCUUUGAGUCCAAGAUCCACGACCUGAGGGAGCAGAUGAUGAACAGCAGCAUGAGCUCGGGGUCCGGCUCCCUGCGCACCAGUGAGAAACGCUCCCUCUAUGUCAGAGCGUUGUUCGACUACGACCGGACGAGGGACAGCUGCCUACCCAGCCAAGGGCUAAGCUUCUCCUAUGGCGACAUCCUCCAUGUCAUAAAUGCGUCCGACGACGAGUGGUGGCAGGCGAGGCUGGUGACGCCUCAUGGCGAGAGCGAGCAGAUUGGGGUCAUUCCAAGCAAGAAAAGGGUGGAGAAAAAAGAGCGGGCCAGGUUAAAAACGGUCAAGUUCCACGCCCGGACAGGCAUGAUUGAGUCAAAUAGGCAGCCAGUCAAAGUAAAGCGCAAAAAAAGCUUCAACCUGUCGCGAAAGUUCCCGUUUUACAAGAGCAAGGAGAAUAUUGUGCAGGAGUUGGUGGAGUCUGAACAAUGUCUGACAUCCAACACCAGUGACAGUGAAAGCAGUUCAAAGGGCCAGGAGGACACCAUCCUCUCCUACGAGCCAGUCAUUCGACAGGAAAUCCACUACACAAGACCCGUGAUCAUCCUGGGCCCCAUGAAGGACCGAGUGAACGACGACCUCAUCUCAGAGUUCCCCCACAAGUUUGGUUCUUGCGUACCCCACACCACGCGUCCGAGGCGGGAGAACGAGAUGGACGGUCAGGAUUAUCACUUUGUGGGCUCGCGCGAGCAGAUGGAGAAAGACAUCCAGGACAACAAGUUCAUCGAGGCGGGUCAGUUCAAUGAGAACUUGUACGGGACCAGCAUCCUGUCGGUCAGGACGGUGGCUGAGCGGGGGAAGCACUGCAUCCUGGACGUGUCGGGCAACGCCAUCAAACGACUGCAGCAAGCACAACUUUACCCCAUCGCCAUCUUUAUUAAACCAAAAUCCAUCGAGGCCCUCAUGGAGAUGAACAAGAGGCAGACGUACGAGCAGGCCAACAAAGUCUUCGACAAGGCGGUCAAGCUGGAGCAAGACUUUGGAGAGUUUUUCACAGCUAUUGUACAGGGUGACUCACUAGAGGAGAUCUACAACAAAAUCAAGCUCAUCAUUGAGGAGCAGUCUGGUCCUUACAUCUGGAUCCCCUCCCCUGAGAAGCUCUGAGCUGACCCACCAUCGGUGCACCAGUUCCCCACCUGCCUCCUGGAGAUCACACCCCACCCAGCCCUCACCAACACGCCCCAACGAGCCCCCCUUACCCCCACCACAUCCUCGCCUCUUUUUACAGCUAUGUUUCAUCUAAAGUGUCAUCAUUAUGUUAUCUCAAUGAAAAGAAGCCCCCUGCAUGACUUGACUCAGACCCAUCAUCCAAGACUGGAGGAGGAGAUAAUAAUAUUAAUAAUAAUAAUCAUGAAAGAAACUAAAGGAAAACGCUCCUUUUUGUGACUGACUGAAGAUCAGAAUGUUUCCACAGCCAGCAGGAAGAGGGGGGGAACAGAGACAAAUCACACCGAGUGGGAACACUUUGUAAAUGUUCAUCCAAUCACGUUUAAAGACAGAAUGAAGAUCGUUAUGGAGUUUUUUUUUGUUUUUUUUUUGCUUUUCUUUUUCCAAAAGUGACUGGAUGAAAUAAAAUGGAGCCCUGCUGA